CCCAGUCAGGGCACAGGGAACAAUGUCUGUGGUUGUAUUUUCAGUGCUGAAUUCAGAUGUCUGCUUUGAAAUGGAGCUGGAGGGUGAUGCUCCCGAAGGCUCAGUUGACUACACACCAUGGUUUCAACAUGGCCUCAUUGAUGCCACAAAUGUCCUGAAAGGGAAGAUCAUGCAGAGAAAACUACUGUUCAGCAGGUGCCGAAUAGUAUGCAUAUUCCCUGAACUGGAACAAACAGGUUUGUUCUGUCCAAUACCUAAUGUAUCCUCUGAGUGUUCAUACCUCGAAUGUCCACGGGCCUCCACCUGGUCUGUACAUCCAUCUCCAUCUCCUGUUUGUAUAGUGGAGUGUGUUCCCACCCAGCACUGGUGUCCCGACACUUCAAGUGCCCUAGUGCUGAAUUCAGAUGUCUGCUUUGAAAUGGAGCUGGAGGGUGAUGCUCCCGAAGGCUCAGUUGACUACACACCAUGGUUUCAACAUGGCCUCAUUGAUGCCACAAAUGUCCUGAAAGGGAAGAUCAUGCAGAGAAAACUACUGUUCAGCAGGUGCCGAAUAGUAUGCAUAUUCCCUGAACUGGAACAAACAGGUUUGUUCUGUCCAAUACCUAAUGUAUCCUCUGAGUGUUCAUACCUCGAAUGUCCACGGGCCUCCACCUGGUCUGUACAUCCAUCUCCAUCUCCUGUUUGUAUAGUGGAGUGUGUUCCCACCCAGCACUGGUGUCCCGACACUUCAAGUGCCCUAGUGCUGAAUUCAGAUGUCUGCUUUGAAAUGGAGCUGGAGGGUGAUGCUCCCGAAGGCUCAGUUGACUACACACCAUGGUUUCAACAUGGCCUCAUUGAUGCCACAAAUGUCCUGAAAGGGAAGAUCAUGCAGAGAAAACUACUGUUCAGCAGGUGCCGAAUAGUAUGCAUAUUCCCUGAACUGGAACAAACAGAACUGAAUUCGGACGCCUGCUUUGAAGUGAAGCUGGAGGGUAGUGCUCCUGAAGGACCAGUUGACCACACACCGGGGUUUCAACAUGGCCUCAUUAAUGCCACAAACGACCUGAAACGGAAGAUCUUGAAGACAAAACAACUGUUCAGCAGGUGCCAAAUAGGAUGCAGAUUUCCUGAACUGGGACGAAGAGAGCUGAAUUUGAAUGCUUUCUUUGGAAUGAAACAACCUCCCAAGAUAGAAGGUGAUGUUCCGGAAGACUCAGUUGACCACGCAUGUGGGAUUCACCAUGGCUUCAUUGACGCCCCAAAUGUCCUGAAGCAGAAGGUUAUCAAAAGAAUACUAUUGCUCAGCAAGCGCAGAAUAGAGAGCAGAUUCCCUGGAUCAACAUACAGAGGUAUGUUCUGUCCAACAAGUGAUGUAAUCUCUAUCUAUCCUUACCUUGGAUUUCUGAGGACUGCUACCCUGUCUGAUCCUCCAUCCACAUCUCCUGUUUGCAUUCUGAAUGCUGCUCCUCCCCAGUGCUGUCAUCCUCAUACUUUAAAUGUCACAGAAAAAGCUGAGCAUCCAUUAGCUGCUGAUGAAAUUUGUAUCUCCCUCUCAACAAAACUCUGCAUACCACAGAAAAACAUGGUGAUGAAUGAAUUGGGCCUGUAG